CGGGGUGUGAACUGAGAUAUAAAACUUUUUAACUUUUGGCGGGAACAACAUCGUCUUAUCACUGAAACAUCCAAAUGAAAACACAUAAUAGAUUAAAAAAUCUAUUCUAUGAUUAAAGUACACUGUGCAAUUGUGCAAUAUUAUAGUAAGUAGUAUGGUUAUGAAUCAUUUUUACCUAUUAACAUUAUUCGACAACAAUAAAAACGAAGAUAAUAAUUGUUUUUAAUUAUUAUUUGGUGUAUUUUAUUUAAAACCAUGGACGAAGCCGUAAUACACUUGGAACAAGUUGUGACUAAUAUUGAAAAAAGAAUAGACACCUUAAGUUGGAAAAUAAAAAAAUUUGAACGAGUUCUAUUUUCAGAAAAUGAAACAUCCCACUCGUGUAAAAUGAUGUCUAUGAUGGCCAAUUUAGAAGAAACAUGCCGUAAAUAUAAUGAAGUAUUAUUAUUGGUGACUGAACAUAAAAAUGAACAAAAUGCAUUCACUGAUACAUUACAAUUACAAGUAAAUUUAGUAAAAAGCAAGGUCGAAACUUUACGAGCAAUUAUGACAAAAGGAAGAACAAUUGAGUUCUAACUUAUUUAACUAAUGAUUGUUUAUAAAUAAAUAAAUAGGUUUAAGCAAAGAUAAUUUUUAUAUAAAUAUAUAUUUUU